GAUUCUUCACAAGCGUUAAGAGUUUUAUCUCUUGUGAAAUCCGCAAAUUCGCAGGAAUUUUUGACAGUGUAAUCAGUAUUCCCAACAACAAAUCGUGACAUACCUACGCACAAGUUUGUCAGUAAUUAUUAUAUUAGAAAUAACAACAUAGCGCUUUACCUCUGGAAAGAAGAUGGCGUUCAAUUCAAAUUACCCAGACAAGAAUUCAAAUGACUUUCAGGAUCUUUUUUGCUUUUUUUUUUGUUUUUGUUUUUUUGCGUGAUUGCUUUCAUCGUCUUACAAGUAAAUGAAUAUUUGAUCCAGAAGCUUUAUUUUAGGAAUAAAGAUUAUGAACUCUCUCUUCUUUCUAUUGAAGACAAAUAAUCAUUUGUAAAACCAUUUUCGGUGUUUCAUCCCCUUUGCCCACAGAAAUCCUAUUCCUGGGAGAUUGCUUACAUAUGUCUUCAAUGAUCAUAACAGGAUGUGAUCAGCCAGCCGUGAAAAGGAGGCCUUUGUUAGUUAGAAACUAUGCUAAAAAAAAUAAUAAAAAAAUGCAAGUUCAAAUUCGAAAGCCAAAAUAAAGUGUGUACGUGUUCCAUCCUAUUUUACUCUGCGAGUCUAACUUAAGGCCUUUAGGACUCGCGUCGCGCGAGCUCGAAUUUCGUGAUCUAAAAGUCGACCCAAGAUGACCUCCGUCUGACGCAUUGCGAAGCUAUGGUAACUUAUGAAUCCGGCAUCGGUUGGGUCGAGAAGGCCAAACAUCCCUUGGGGCGUGGACGCAAUUUACAGUGUUUGCUUCCAUAAGGUGCUAAAUUGUUAGAUGUGUAUUGAGAACAGUCCCUCCACUUAGAAACUUCCAUGAAAUGAUGGCCCGAAGUUAUCUCCAGCGAGUUCCAGUAAGGCUCCACUGGCUACGGGCUAAGCUGAGAAAAAUGUCAUGAAAGCCUAAAAAAAAGAAAAAUAUUCGAAUAAAGUUACAGCACUUUGGUCCCAGAGCAACCUGAGCGUGAACAAUUUUCUCUUUUCCAUCCUGGCACAAAAUUGUUUAGUGAAAUGAACACGAUUGGAAUGCUUGCGAAAUAUUUAAAAUACGGUACGCAUAUUUCAUGUUCAAAAGUUUGACAAAACCGAAAAGCAAGAAAUCUCUCGGUCUUCAUAACAACUGCGCAAAAUUAAUUGUUUAUUAGACUGGAAAUUGUAAGGAGGGAAUUCGAGAAGAAUCCUCUCUCCACAUUCCCUGGAUGGCGUCCAGUUCCGAGUACGUAAACAUUGCAAUCGCUUGACCCGACGCCUCAAACGCUUUGUUUAACACGCCCCAGCUGACAGAAAACUCCUGUCAACCCAGGCGAGACUGAUCGGGACGCCAAACAAUCACACUAUUUACAAACACUUUAUCCCGUGUGGUGUAGUUUCCACCGCUUGGGUUGUACAUCGUAGCGAACUCAUCUUAGCAAUUCCAAGUCCAGUGAAGGCCGGAAAGGAAAGUUGAUAAAUCAUGGGCAGGUGUAAGAACGAACGUUUGCGUUCCUGCUGCGGUAAAGUCUUGCACCACAUUCGCAAAGAACUGCUUCUCGUCCUCAUUAUUUUGGGAGUGCUCGUCGGCUUCAUUAUCGGUUUAUCGGUAAACAAGAGUGUGAACGAUAUCAAAGACCCAGAAAAGAAAGCUACUACUAUCAUGUUGAUUGGUUUUCCGGGUGAGCUCUUCAUGAACAUGCUGAAGUUGCUAAUCCUGCCACUGAUUGUUGCAAGUUUGAUCACCGCCUUGGCCACGCUGGACUCCAAAGCCACGGGAAGAAUUGGUCGUCGAACUGUGCUUUACUACAUGGGAACUAUGCUGAUCGCUGUGCUUCUUGGAAUCGUCUUAGUCCUUUCUAUACGCCCGGGAGAACGCAGCAAACCUGAAGGAACCGACGAAAAGCUCUCGAGACCUUAUCGUGGUCUCGAUUCGCUUCUCGAUCUUUUGAGGAGCUGCUUUCCGGUGAACCUUGUGGAGGCAGCUUUCAUACAGAAACGUACCAAAUACAAGACUGUCGAUCCCGUUGUUAACGAAUACAACGAGACAAUUAGGAACGGGACUCACAAUUACACAGUUCUGAAGGAAGAGGAACUAGCUCCGGGAUCAUCGAUGGUUCCCGCGGGACUCGAAAUUGCUUCCCGAAAUAUGAACGUCCUUGGGUUGGUGGUAUUUUCUAUUGUGUUCGGUAUCGUGUUGGGGCGCGUUGGAGAGCGUGGAUUGCCCAUGAGAGCCUUCAUUGAGUCGCUGAACGAAAUCGUCAUGGAAAUGGUAUCAUUAGUCAUGUGGCUCUCUCCGAUUGGAAUAUGUAGUUUGAUAGCUGCUAAGCUGGCCGGCAUGGGUGAUAUUGGGCAGGCAUUCAAAAUGCUGGGGUAUCUUAUGGGUACCGCCAUCGCUGGUCUUCUCUGCCACGGCUUUAUUAUUUUGCCGCUGGUUUAUUUGAUCUUCACGCGGAAAAACCCGAUUAUUUACAUCAAAAAUAUGUCGGAUGCCAUAUUUACAGCGUACGGUACAGAUUCCAGCGCGGCCACUUUGCCAACCACCAUGAGAUGUGUGGAGCAGAACAAUCACGUAGACAAACGUAUCAGUCGCUUCGUUCUACCGUUGGGUGCCACCGUUAAUAUGGACGGAACCGCGUUGUACGAAGGCGUUUGUGCUCUCUGGAUCGCGCAGCUUCACGGAAUCAGCCUUGGGGCAGGACAGGUUAUUACUAUUAUAUUGACAUCUAUGGCUGCGGCGGUUGGUGCAGCAGCAAUUCCGUCUGCAGGCCUGGUUACCAUGCUGAUUGUGUUACAGUCUGCUAACCUCCCCACCAGUGAUGUCGCUCUUCUUUGGGCAGUGGACUGGUUCAUGGAUCGCUUCCGUACUGUUGUAAAUGUCCUUGGGGAUGCAAUCGGUGCUGGUAUAGUUGGACACCUGUCACGUGAUGAACUGAAGAACGCUGACCAAGCAGACAUGGAAGAAGGUGGACAGGGAGAUGAAAAGCAUGAGCUUCUUGUACCGUCUGAGGGACGCUAUGUUAAAAAAGACCCAGAUCAGAACUACUCCCCAAGAAUGACCAGCUUUAAGAGGUCCUCAGAGGAGUAGAUCAAGAGUAGUACGCCAAGUUAAGUAGGUCAACUCCAAAAUGGCUGCUGAUGUUUGAAAACGCCAUUUUACGUUUCUGGAAAAGAAAGAUACAACACUUUAUUAUAAGUAACUAUAAGCACUAGAGUUGGGCAAUGUUAUCUUUCUUGACAGACAGCCAGUUUAAACAGACUUUUCUUUCUAUUUUAUUACAAUUUCAAUGGUUAUCUUUAGAUAUUAGUAACAUUUCUUGUAUUUUAUUCAACGACGUUUCUUUAGUUCGGGUAAAACUGCCGCGGGUAGGACAAUUCCUGAGUAAUCAUUAAGAAAACCGAAACUAAUGUGUUCAAAUCAGUAAAGGAAUCAGUUAAGGGGUUAGGAGCCUGUAGGCAGGGAGGUCUAAAACUGCUAGAAAAAAGUAUAACUUCGCAAGAGAUUAUAAUCUCUUAAACUUAAUCAGUUGCUUUUAGGAUUACUACAUGUGACACUUACCUACAACAGUUUGUGAAGGACUCACUUGAAUACUUUAUAUCUUACUGCUCUAGUGGGAAAAAGUUUGAUUAGUCAGAAGUGACGCGGUGGAUACUUCGUCAGAAAAUUAUAUCUUCUAUAUGUGUGGAAAAAGAGCAAACGUAGAAAAAAGAAAAAGGGAAAACUUCUAAAUUGCUUGAGUAAGACUGUCAUCUUCAUUAUGCGGUAUGUCGAUACAUGCAUGUAUGGAAAACGCUAGUUCAGACAUUUUUUGAGACGUAGACAUCAGCUGGAAGUUGAGACUGCUUUUCCCAGGCGCCUAAUACAGAUCCUUCUAUCUGCACUGUUCAGUCCAAAA